ACGCAGAAGAAUCGCAACCGAGAGCCACACGCUCACACUUCACAAUCACAACAUUGUAUGUAUAUCACUUUGUUUACCUUCGUUCUUAUGGCGCUAUGACAUUGACGCCCAUCGAAAGUGCCUUGAAAAAUCGCCACCUCCAAGUGGCUAAAAAACUUCUCGUCGAUGAAUGGAAUCGAUCAGCGGAAAGCCCUGCUCACAUCUACUACCAGGUGAUUCGGGAUGGAUUGGUAGCCACGUUCCAGCUGUUGGAAUCCUCGUAUCUUUGUGGCGAAUGGGAUUCAUUUCGGUACUGCUCCAACGCGAUGCUCGAGUUGGACGUCAAAAAUGUUCCGAUCCCGGAGGAGAUGGAACUACGGGUGAUGCAUAAACUUUCGGCGUACGGAUUGCGGCGGUUGUGUGGUGAUCCCAUCAAGCCGGAGCGAUCCUGGGAAGAUUCGAUCGAUCUGGUGGUGCAGUGGGUGAGAGAAUUGCGCGAUCGACCAAAGUGGUACGAUUUACUGGAUGUGGACGAUCAGGUGAUGUUUCGCAUUCAAUUGAUUCAUAAUCAUUUGUUUUUCAUUAAAAAUCAACCGGCGGUGAGGGAGCUUCCUCUAAAGGAAAUAAUUUUUUGUCUGGCGAUUUUCGUUGCGGGACUCGACGAGAUACAGGGAUGUGAACUGUUCAAAAUCAUGAUAAACAAACGGAGCGUGAUGCAAUUUUUGACUGCCAUCGCUUCUCGAUUAAAUGCAAUUAGAAAACGAACCGGUGGUGUUCAUUCGAGUGUUUUGAAAAAGUUACGCAAAGCGUAUCGUCGAGUGAAGCAAAUGCAUUCAGUGUUCAAAAUUAUACGAUGCUCUCAGAUCUACAAAGAACUCGACGCAAGCGACUACAAGAGAUGCAGUGCUUCAACAACGGUGGCAGCUUUCAAGCGAUUCAACCAGAUUUGCGGAGAAGCAAUCAAAAAUACCACGGAUACUCCGAAUCUGUCCACCAAGUUGUCCAACAUACUGCCGAACGUACUGACUGACUCGAUCAUGCUCAAUUCCAAGUAUAGAAACUUCUCCAGUCACGGAUUUCCCUUGUCACAUCUGUUCGUCCACGAUACAGAUCAAAUUUACUACUACGAAUAUCUCAGUAACUUUCUCUACAUGACCGCUGCAUCGUUCUACGUAAUUUUUGUUUAUAUUUUGCACGACUGUACUCGCUACACGCUUGGAUUGAUGAGACGCUGCCGAACGAUUGACGACAUUCGUGCCCUAAUACGAUACGUGGGGAGCAGCAAAGUUCGAGCACUACAGGAAAGUAUGUUCCAAAAAAUUGAGCAAUAUUUCUCGGCUGUAAAGAACCGUCUUAGUGAAACGGAUCUUAAAUCGUUGACGCAGGCCCAGAUGAAAGAGCACGACGAACUGUGGGAAAACUACGAUCAGAAGAUGGAAAUCAUCAACAAUCUGCGUUACUUACAUCGCAAUAAUCUGAUGGAUGUCGUUGAAGUAGUGGCCUUUUCCAACGCAUCCAUCUCGGCCGUGCAUCGUUUGCUGGAUUCCAAACUGACAGACAAAUCCAGCGGUAGCUAUCUUGAAACCAUGUUCUCUGACUGGAAAGUUCUCACAAUGCGAUCGUUCGACAGUAUCGAAUUCAACGCAGUCGUUAUGCAGUCCUACAUCCACCAGUACUUGGAGCUGGAUCACGAUUCUACCCAGCAGUGGCGUUAUCGGUUGAAGACUCAAGAGAUCCUGUCACAUUUCACGACCAACAUUGACAUGGACAAAUCAACUCAAAUCACACUGGAGGAAAACUUACAUUCAGCACUGUCCAAAACUCGCAACGGAUAUUACCAAAACAUAUUCGCCCUGGAUUCAAAGUCGCAAGCGAUCAUUCAAACCUUAAAGACGUCAAUCACUGGGCCCAAAUCUUCCAAGGACUACAAAACGCACAAUAACAGAUUCAAAUCACAACUGGAAGCUCUUCGUCGUCAAGACGAACAGGAGCUUCAACAAGUGGUGCAGAACAUUCUCCUGAACCUCCGGGAAACCUUCCAACGAUACGAUUGCGGAACGAUCGACAAAUUAAUCGAAAAUCACAUCAAAAUUCCACUCAAAGCUCGACUGGCUAUCGAGUUCUGGCAGCUGCGAACUAUGGAAAUACUCUACUCCAGUGGCUACCUCGGUGACAACUUCUGCCUUCUGACCAAAUCGGUUCCGAUGAUCUGGGGAAAGUCGUACCGCAACUAUUUGGCACACGAUUCGCUAUCGUAUGAUCUCCUGACGAACUCCGAUACGAUCAAGACCCUCACCAACGGGUUCGUUCUGGCAUUCAACUCCACCGAAUUGGACAUAUUCACCCGACCAGUGAAGUUCAAUCUAGACGGAUUGGUGGAACUGAAGGACGAAGGGUUUCGAUGGUUGGAAACACAAGCGGGUCUGCUUCAAAGCAUUCGGAGUUGCGAUAUUCAGCAGUUUGAAAGUUUCCUUGAUCGAAAAGCUGAACCAAGCGGUAGGUAUCUGCUAGCACUGGGAAAGCUUCUACGUCCAAGGUAUUACGCCAUGCCUGGAAUCAUAACUCAUGAGCAAUUCGAUUGCAACCGCAUCAAAACCGUGGCUUCUCUGCUGAGCCAGCAGUUCCAGAAUAUCGAGGAGAUACUAACGACUUCCAAGAUCAAUCAUGCGGUGCGCCUUAACAUGCUCCAGAUCAACCAGUUGCCACUUCCUAUAGCGAUGCAGCAAAUUGAAAUUCUUCAACCUCACCUGAUGACCCCUAUUGUGGGUGCUGUGCUACCCCAUCUUGUUGGUACAAACAAUAUCACCCUCUUGGAGACACUCCUCGACCGGUACGCAGGAUCUAAUGUGAAACCAAUCCUCCUGAUGACUACUGGACAUUCUGAAAUGGAACGUGGCUUCCUGGCAACACACCUCGGACUACGAACAAGCAUCAUCAGCGAGCUCACCGAUGAAGAUCUAAAGGCAAUCUUCACCGAAGACGACUACCCUGCUUCAGAGUAUGAACUAGGGAUUGCCAUCAUACGAAAUGACCUGCGCCUGUUCGAACAUAUCGUUCAAAAUUGCUUCCAAACCUCUAAUUCAGUCAUCGAAGAGUGCGACAUGCUACAGGCAAUGGAAAACUGUUGCUGCUAUGGACGACUUCAGAUGGUACGCUGCCUUCUGGCAAGUGACUGGGUGUGCGAUCUGCACUUGAUGUUCGAUUGUUUGACCCUUGCCAUUGCUAACCAUCAUUGGCAGAUUGUCGAUCUGUUGUACCAAAACGGAGCGUAUGUGUGGCUUAAUGAUGGCGUUCAUGUACUCAGUCUGUUAACCGAAGAAAACUUCAAAAUGGUGCGAAAGAUACUGGAAGAUGGCAUUCCCAAUCAUCUCGCAGAGAAGUUCAUCAGCUGGGUCGUCCAGUUCGGGUCCAAACGACUGUUGAAGCAUCUCGUCGAUAAGGGGGUAGAUAUCUGGAGGUGUGAAGACAUUCUGGAGGUUGCUGUUAUGAAUAAGGAUGCGAAAGUCCUGAACUUUUUGGAAAGCAUGAUCUUUGUACCGAGUGAAAAUGCUUCCUCCUAUGCCGAAUUUAGACGCUGGAUCAAAAUACUGCAUGACUUGAGGGCACUGAUGUUAAUAUCUAUUCAACCGGACUUCAUUAAAGCAAUCAUUCCGACAACAUCCAUCGCCGAACGCUGGAUAGAUCAAAUUGCGAACUUAUUGAAAAUGCAUGACAAUCAGAUUGCAAAAUAUUUUCAUUUUGAAGAUCCGUCCGGACUACACUGUUCAAAACUAGUGAACGAGAGUCAGUUUAAAAGAACGCUUCUAAAGUGUACCACCCUUGUCGAUUUGAUUCAAUCUGUACUACCUGGGUUGAUUGUAGAAAGAACGACGCUCUACAUUGAAUUUCGCACACCAAAUGAAACUAUUGAGGCUGAAGUUGAUCUUGCUAUAUAUUCCACGAUCGCACCAGCCAAAUCUCCAGAAGUCAGAACGACGAUCUUAACCCAAGACUAUCACCACACUGCCGAUAUAAUUAGCAUGGGUCUAAGGACUUUCCUUUUGAGGUUUCGACACCUGAAAGCAGCAACUGCCACUGUAUCCAAGUUAAACAGUUCCGAACGAUUUCACUACAUCCAGGUCGAUUCCAAUAGCUGCAUUGUUCAGCUUGCCCCACAAGAGAGCAUUAACCUGUCAUAUCUAUUGAACAAACCUGGUCAGAGCUGCGUCCUGCAUUAUUUGCAACCGAAUUCCUCUCCUCAUCUGGUAGAAUCACUUCUCCGGCUGGGUGCCGAUCCUGCGUUACAAAAUGGCAGAUUCGCAACACCUUUUCGAACUGUCCUCGCCACACCAUUCCCCUUGGGGCUCAUCAAACUUAUGUACCAGCACUAUGAAAAAUCACACCACCAUCAUGACGAAAUGCAUGUGUUCAACAUUAAGGACAUGGACGGAUACACCCCGCUGCACGCUGCCAUCGGAACGAACAAUUACGAAGUAACCGAAUUCUUUCUGCAGUACGGUGCCGAUCCAACUCAAGCUGAUCAAACCGGGGAAGCCGCCGUCCUUGAGUAUGCCAUUUUCAAUCGCAACGUGCGGAUAGUUGAUCUACUGCUACGGCACAGCCCGGACUUGGUCAAACAAUACUCCAAUUCUCUCAAACGAUCUACCGCAUUGGAAAGUGCUGUCAAGAUCAACCACGAUCACAUAGUUCGGAUGCUGUUGGAGUGCGGUGCGGAUUUGAAUCACCGUAACAAACAACUCUUUACGGCCUUAAAAUAUGUCAUAGAACAGGAAUCCGUCGAGUCGCUGCAGGUGAUGUUGGAUUACGCUCACCGGGAAGGAGUGAUCGUAGAUGGUGAUGUCGAUGGAUGUGGAACGAUGGGGUUGCAAUUGGCUAGACAGCUUAAAGUAUGUCCGGAAAUAACUCAGCUAUUGGUUUGCCAUAGUAUCAAAUCGGUGGCACUGAGUUUGGUGAAGUUGAGGGAUUAAAUUUGUAUUAAGUAGAUGGUGUUAAUAUUGAAAUGCAAAAGAAAUACAGUCAACUCUCUACAACUCGAUAUCCACUAACUAGAUAAUUCUAUAACUCGAUGAUCCCUUCACUAUCGAGCUGCAGAGAGUUCACUGUAUAUUUAUAUGUAAUAAUUUUCUACAAAAGAACUCCAUAAGGCUGCAAAAUGUCGGUGCUGUGAACUAUCGCAAUUUUUAAAUCAAUUAAGAGGAACACUGU